GACUGGGCACUUCCACCAACCGAAACCGAUUCUCGUCCCUUGGAUCGGCAGACUCCUUCGUUCAUUCGUGAAUGCUUUCUCUGGAAAAUCUCAUUUGCAGCGCAUUGCGGACUAUGCCUACUCUGUCGCCUUUUGGAACAAACAGGUCCCGUCCUUGUCAAUUUCGCCCAAGUCGAGACAAUGAGGAUCAAGCCAGUCUGGGGGCAGGAACAUGUGCUCUCGGAGACUCUCGUUACCCGACAGAGUACACAGCCAACCACUGUGCUUUAGGAAAGCAAGACUGUCGACAGCGUCUUCUGGUGCGCGAACGCUCCCGAGGAAUCUGCCGAGACCCUGCGCUAAGCGCUUCGCUGUUGCCGUACUGUCUGCUCUCGACGAGAAAUCGGGAAUCUUCGUCCACGAGCUUGACUUUGGUCACACGGCCUGUUCUCGUCGGUGUUGGUCGUUGCGGGAUAACGGGGUCAUUGUCGUCGGCGGCCUGCUGUGAACAAGCGAAUUCCGUUUCCACAACGGUCGUGAGGCUUUUCCAUUCCAGGACCAUCAGCCUUGUCGGGAGGAAACCAAGGAGGUAUUAAUUGCCAUCGGUGGGAUGGUUUAUCCAGCAAGCAGGGCUGUUGAUCUGGACUUGGAAAGCGGCGUGCGUCUGUUCGUAGAAAGACCAAACCAGCAGCCCGCCAUCGGAAGAGACCAAGACCAUGCGGUCAUCUGCAUUGAACAGAAGUUGGCGGAUCUUGCUAUCGACUCACCAGUUGCCCAAAGUUUCCACAAGCCAUGUGGGUGGCCGCGAUAGACCCUUUUGGCUGAUGCGAAGUGAUGAGCUCACCGUUCUUGGUCAAAGCCUGAAUUUUCCCAUGCGGGUGUGCCGUGUAGAGCACAGAAUUGCGCGGACUAAUGCAGAGAAUCU